UGGGCAGGACGUGUUUGAGCGCUGCGCUGAGCGGAGCUGUGCUGUGCUGUGCUGCGUCGCGGACAGAUAGUGUGUGUGCGCGCAACCAAUAGAGUCACUUGGUGCCGGAGCUUGCGUGUGUGGUGCGUGUGUCUGUGUGUGUAUUUGGAAGCAGACACGCGAGAGACAGGGAGUUUCUGUAGUUUGGAGCUUUCAAGCCGGACUGGAAUGGACUAGACUGACUGUGCUGGACUCUGAAUUUUUUUAUUCGAUGUGCACUUUUUUCUCUCUUUGGUGCGUUUGGUUUGGUUCUAUUUUUGUUUUUCUCUUCAAGAAUAAGGGAUAAUAGAGGAGGACUGAAGCUGUCGGGACUGCUUUAAAAGAAAGAUAGAAGCCAGAGGAAAGAGUGUCUAAAGAUACCUACAGCAAAAGGCAUUUUCUUCCUUCUUUUCUUUUUUAAGAUUAGAAAAAAGAAAGCAUUUCAACCACACACUCACACUAAGAGAACUUAAAACACACAGCCACAGUAUCUAACCGGGCGUGAGAAAUCUCUGUGUCUGUGGAUAAAUCCAUCUGUGUGUGUAUUUUUUUUCCCUCUGUUAGUGUUUAAAAGCUGUGACUAUGUGGAUGUGUGGCUUGCUCGGUCAGCUCUCCCUGACCGGCAGGGCUGCAGGGAUGUGAUCUGGGGUGUCCACCAGUCGCCGGACCCCCUCUCAGCCUCAGCUGCUAAGCUCUGACUGACCUACCGUCACCUGUUCCCACCACCCCCCCCCCCCCAUCCCCCCCCCCACCCCAGGGUCUUGCUCCUGAACCGGACCUCUCUACUGGACCGGCUCCUACCUACCAGCACUACCAGCUCCCUGACUGGACCUCUGGAGAAUCUCUGGGAGUGCGUGAGCGAGAGUGCAUGUGUGUAGCACCGUGCACGAAACAGUGAGAGAGCUUUGAGCUCUUCUCAUUGUGGUGGAGGAAAGCAAAAACCUACAAGAAUUUAAAAAAAAAACAGGACCAAAAAAAGGACCUACUGUAAAAAUAAAAAGAAAGGAACUGUAUCCAGCCGUCGGAACCAUGGACUACCUCUGUCGGAUUUUAUUACUGCUGACUGCUAACGCGCUACUGGGCAGGACGAGCGCCCAGCAAGUCAAGAGCAACGUUCCCCGCCUCAAGCUGUCCUACAAAGAAAUGCUGGAAUCCAAUAACCUGCUCACCUUCAACGGCAUGUCCAACAGCUCGUCGUACCACACCUUCUUGCUGGACGAGGAGAGGGGGCGGCUAUUCGUCGGAGCCAAAGAUCACAUCCUCUCCUUUGACCUCACAGACAUCAGCCUGAACAAUCAGCUGAUAACAUGGCCACCAACUCCAUCGCGAAGAGACGAGUGCAAGUGGGCUGGCAAGGACUUGCAGAAGGAGUGCGCCAACUUCGUCAAGGUGUUGCAUCCGUACAACAGCACCCACCUGUACACCUGUGGCACCGGAGCCUUCCACCCGGUCUGUGCCUACGUAGAGGUGGGCAAGCGGGCUGAGGACAAUGUCUUUCAUCUGGAGUCGUCACAAAUGGAGAACGGCAGGGGGAAGAGUCCAUACGACCCCAAACUGCUGACCGCUUCACUGCUGAUUGAUGGUGAGCUGUACGCGGGGACAUCAGCCGACUUCAUGGGGCGGGAUUUUGCAAUUUUCCGAACGCUAGGAGAACACCAUCCAAUUAGGACCGAGCAACACGACUCAAGAUGGCUGAAUGACCCUCGCUUUGUGAGUGUCCACCUCAUCCCAGAGAGCGAUAACCCUGAGGAUGACAAGAUCUACCUGUUCUUCCGUGAAAACGCCAUCGAUGGGGAGCACGCCGGCAAGGCGACCCACGCCAGGAUUGGACAGCUCUGCAAGAAUGACUUUGGAGGCCACAGGAGUUUGGUAAACAAGUGGACGACAUUCCUCAAAGCGCGGCUGGUCUGCUCGGUUCCGGGCUUCAACGGCAUAGACACACACUUUGAUGAGCUGCAGGAUGUUUUCCUCAUGAGCUCCAAGGAUCCCAAGAACCCAGUCAUCUACGCUGUUUUCACGACCUCCAGUAACAUCUUCAAAGGCUCCGCGGUGUGCAUGUACAACAUGGCUGAUGUGCGAAGAGUGUUUCUGGGCCCGUACGCUCACAGAGAUGGACCCAACUAUCAGUGGGUUCCCUUCCUAGGCCGAGUGCCCUAUCCACGACCUGGAACGUGUCCAAGCAAGACCUUUGGAGGGUUCGAUUCCACCAAAGACCUGCCGGACGAUGUCAUCACGUUUGCCAGGAGCCACCCGGCUAUGUACAACCCUGUAUAUCCCAUCAACAACCGGCCAAUCAUCAUCAAGACUGACGUGGACUACCAGUUCACCCAGUUAGUGGUGGACAGAGUGGAGGCUGAAGAUGGACAGUAUGACGUAAUGUUCAUCGGCACAGACAUUGGCACGGUGCUGAAGGUGGUGUCUAUACCCAGAGGGACCUGGCAUGACCUGGAGGAGGUUCUCCUGGAGGAAAUGACUGUCUUCAGGGAACCCACUGUUAUUACAGCGAUGGAACUCUCCACCAAGCAGCAAACACUGUAUCUGGGCUCGUCUGCAGGCGUGUCGCAGAUGCCUCUGCACCGCUGUGACGUGUAUGGAAAGGCCUGUGCAGAGUGCUGCCUGGCCAGGGACCCGUACUGUGCCUGGGACGGCAACCAGUGCUCACGCUACUUCCCCACAGCCAAGAGGAGGACUCGUCGGCAGGACAUCAGAAAUGGGGAUCCCCUGACCCAGUGCUCCGACCUACAGCACGAAGAUGAGUUGCAGGGUCGCAGUGUGUUGUUGGAUAAGACAGUGUAUGGAGUGGAGAACAGCAGUACUUUUCUGGAGUGCAGUCCCAAGUCCCAGAGAGCACUCACCUACUGGCAGUACCAGAGACAAGGAGAGGACCGCAAGCAGGAGAUCAAGUGGGACGAGCGCAUCCUGGCGACCGACCAGGGCCUGCUGAUCCGCAGCCUGCAGCCGCGCGACUCGGGCAUCUUCUACUGCCACGCGGUGGAGCACGGCUUCAUGCAAACGCUGCUCCGCCUCACCCUGCAGGUCAUCGCCGCCGACCACCUGGACGACCUGCUGCACCGCGAGAGCAGCGCGCACGGCGCCGCCGCCGGCGAGUCGGGACACAGCGGCGGCAAUCCGCUCGUCAGCGGCUCCUCCUCCUCCUCCACCAAUCAGAAGGUGUGGUACCGGGACUUCCUGUCCCUGAUCAACCACCCCAACCUGAACAGCGUGGACGACUUCUGCGAGCAGGUGUGGAAGCGUGAGCGCAAGCAGCGGCGGCAGAAGGCCCACAUGAUGCAGGCCAGCCAGCAGCACGCCAACAAGUGGAAGCUCAUGCAGGAGAACAAGAAGGGGCGCAACCGCAGGACCCACGAGCAACAGCGGGCGCCCCGGAGCGUCUGAGCUAACUACCUGACUGAAAAUCGUACAACGACACUUAACACACAAUGCACACACAAAGGACCCCACGAACAGCAGCAAGGCACCCAGGAGUGUCUCAGCUAACUGCCUGACUGAAAAUAAUAGAGCAACAUAAUACACUACACACAGGACCCAUAAGCAGCAGGUGGGUGGGCGUAAGCUUACUGCCUGACUGAAAAUAAUAGAAUAGUACAAUACACGACACACAGGACCCAUGAGCAGCAGCGGAUGUCCUUGGGUGUCUGAGCUACUGCCUGACUGAAAAUAUUACAACACAACACACAAACAGACACUAAACAAAAUGAGCAUACUAUUGAUGAUGUUGAUCAUGAUAGAAAAAAGACAGCUUCCUUUUUCCCCUCUCACCUCUGACUUGAGAAGAAAAGAUGACAUUUGAGAAACGGAAGCGAGAAGUUCAAACUGGAAGUGAACCUGCAAUAUUCUUCUCAUCAAUGUGCAUAGGGAAGGUGUGUGUGUGUAUGUGUGUGUGCGUGUGUGUGAGAGAGAGAGUGUGUGUGUGUGUAUGUAGGAAAGAGCGAUGUGAAUGGGUGUGUGUGUGUCUCCUCACAAGCAUGGUUGUGUGCUUGUGAUGCAUGGGAUGGGAUGUUGUUGUACCCAGAAUGGACAUUUACUUGAGCAUGCUACUCGAGAUCUGCCCAGUUUUUACACUGGGCACCAGGGAAAGACUUUUCGGACCGAAAAUGUGGACUUGGACCUCCUGUAAAUAUGAUACCAACAUAAAAAAUUAACAAAAAAGUCUAAAAAAAAUGGAAAUAUAUGUGAAAAUCGUUUGACAUUUAGUCUGUAGUUAUAUUCCAUCUGUGACAUGCCCAGGCACAAAUACAGUUGAUGUAAAAUUCAACAACCACUAUUUAAUGUGUGUGUAACCAAUGUUGGACUGAAGGAGAUUUCCUCUUGUUCCCCUCUCUUACAUGGACCAGCGAUUCAUCUCUCCAGCAGUUUAGACUGUCAGCCAUCCCAUUAGACUUUCACAGACACACGCACGCAAAACACGCGGGCAGAGACCGGCUGACUUUGUGGCAUUGAAUCCCAGACUGAUUUCCCCUGUGCAAGGCGAAAAAUGUGGCCCGUCAAAGGGGCUACACAACAGACUGAGGCCUUAGAGGGGUCAGCUGGGAUGGACAGACCUCCACCACUGCUGCUGCCGAGGCCGCUGCUGUGUUUGUCUGUCUCACAGUGUGGGAGCGGGACAUGAUGCGAUAAGGGAGGGCAGUGCAGGUUCACAAGUUCAUCCGUGCCAUGGAGUUGUUUGCCCAGCCCUUUCGUACCCGCUGUCCACAUAAACUUUCCCUUUCCCCCACCAGAACAAUCCCCUUCUUCCGACACAACAAGGACGAAAAAAAAACCCUGGGUUUCCCUCCCCCCUGAUGAAAUAAGCUCCCUUUGAGACCUACGAGCACCUAGUUCCUGGAAAGAAAUAUUUAAUUUUGUUCCAUUGUUUGUCUUUGCUUGUGUCAGAUUUUUUUUUCUAUCUUAGAUAUUUUUCUCCAGCAUAGUUGAGAGUUUAUUUUAUUUUAAUUUCCAUUUGUUGUUUUUAUUUCUCUGAAACAUGCGUAUUAAGGGAUUAUGAGACAUAUUUUUACACAAAAGCUCCCUGUAUUUAAAUAUUUAAACCUUCCCUUGUCGUAAGUUAUUUCUUUGACAUAACGUCUCAAUGACAUGCUAUCCAUUACAAAACCCAGUGUUCCUAUGGUGUGUCCAUAAAUAUACUAACAACAGUAUCAACAUAGUUUUUGGUGUGAGCAUAGAUACGUAUCACCGAUAUCGUAAAACAAAUACCGUCUUAACGCAUGUUUGCAAGAACUCCAUAUUAGGUGGUCAAUGGUAAACAUUCACAAGGAAAAUCUGGAUACACUAUAUCUCCAUAAUUCCCCGUAAAGUAAAUAUUGUCAAGCUAGGAGGAUCAAGAUAAUGGUUAAGUAUUUAGUAAAGGUACUCUCCCCCCAUGUACACCAAGUAAUAUGUCUGUUUCUUAUAGAGUAUGUUUUUUUCCCUGGCCUCUGCUACUGUCUUCAACGAAAACAAAAACAGCAGGUACUUCCUUUGUAAAGGUGCCAUUUUGUAACUGUAUGGGUUCCCUUUAUUCACUUGAUCUCCGACAGGGUGAAAAGAAAUAAGCACAUUCUUUAUUUAUCUAAAAAACAAAAGAGAGAUCCACCAUGAUGUUUUGUGGUUGUAGGGCACAGCUGAGGUAUUGAGGUGAGGCUCGAACAGGAAAGGGACUCUGGCACACAGAGCAGCUCAUGUAAGAGUUAUCGAGCUCAGCACACACACACACACACACACACACACACACACACACACACACACACACACACACACACACACACACACACACACACACACCGCACACAGCAACAUCUGCCUGAGGUCUGUGAAGGGGGGGAGAGACAGAGAGAGAGAGAGAGAGGGCGCCCGCGAGUGAGUGUGAAUCCUCUGGUUGCGUGAUUACACCCUGGAGUUUACAGUUGAUGAGUGUGCGGAGGAACUGUUGUUUAUCUUCUCUGAUCAAUGUGUUUGCAAUUGUUGAGGAAUUGCCAUGCUUGGAUUGAAAGUCUUUUGUCUGUUACAAUGCUAGUCAGAGUCCACCACGGAGAUGAAAGUGAACAGAGAGGCAAACACUCACAGGCAGGCCCACGCAGAUGCGCUCUCCCUCUCUCUCUCUUACACACACACACACACACAUACACAUACACACACACACACGCACACCCAGAAAAAUCACAUGUGCAAAUAAACUUCAUCUCUGAAAAACAUCUGAAAAGCACACACUCUGCCACAACUUGCCCUUGAAUCAUAACUCGAGCAACUAACUGUCAAAACAAUGGAGGGGGGUGGAAAAGCAAACAAACAAAAAGAAUAAGAAAGAUGUAUCAAAAGAGAUGAGAAAAAAAAACGAGAGAAAAAGUCCUGGUUCAUAAUGUAAACCACUGUGCGCUAAAAAAAAACCCUGCAUGUGAACGCCUUGUGUUGGUGCAACAGCUUUCCCCUAUGUAUUGUUGCUACCUGUUGCUGUCGUGACUGUUUCCUUUUUCCUCCAUGAUGAUGGUGAUGAUGGUGGUGUUGACGGACGACGUCCAGGUGGACAGCACUGACACAGAACCCUUUCAGCAGGGACGCAGGGCGACAGGGGUCAGUUGGCCCAGGCCCAGGCAGAGAGGGGGCCCACCAUUGCAUUGUACUGUAUGUACUGGCCUGGGUGGAUGACUCUUUCAUAUGACUUUGUGCCGGACCUGGCCAAAGCUGUCGGCGACCCUGCCUGUCAGUCUGUCUACCUGUCUGUCUGUCUGUCUGUCUAUCGAUCUAUCUAUCUGUCCUAGGUGUAUAUAUUUGUAUUCUUAUAGAGUAUGACAAACAGUGCAGGCUCAGCUAUUCCCAUCUCUUACUCUGCACUGGUAAUCCUAGAGGUACUCUUUCACCCCAUCCCCUCCCCCUUACCCCUUACCCUCUCUACUGUGUUGUGCGUCACCCUUUGAUCAAAAAGCCACAAGUCGAAAAAGAAAAGAAAAGAGAAUUUAAAAAAAACUCCUCUCAUCCCAGUGAAUGACAAAAAAAAUCUGUUACCCAUGUUACAAUGCAAUGAUAAAAUUCAACAGCUUGUGGUUUAUAUAAAAAUAAAUGAAUAAAAUAAAUAAGAUACUGUGUUGACGGAGAAAGGUAUAACUUGCUGGCAUGACCUCUUUCUCUCUUUAGUGGGAAUAAGGGAAGAAGAGAGGGAUGGAAUAAAAAAAUACAAACAGAGGGAGAGAGGAGAUGGAGAGAAUAAAAAGGUAAACUGCUGCUGUAUAUGGUCGUUUU